CAUUUUUUGUAUUGCCUUUCUCAAGAUUAUCCAAUCGGGACCAGAAGCCCGAGAAGUUCGGAAAUCAAGGAAGACAGUUGUUUUUUAUUCUGUGUAGAUCAGUUUGUAUUUUGCGUCCUGUUUGAAGAUAAGAAAAUAAUAGUGCUAAUAUGUCUUCUGGAGCGUUGUUCCCUAGCAUGGUGUCGGGCUCUCGUGGCUCCUCCAGUAAAUACCUCGUGGAGUUCAGAGCUGGCAAGAUGUCAUUAAAGGGCAGCACGGUCACCCCAGAUAAACGUAAAGGGCAGGUGUACGUCCAACAAACCGACGACUCCCUCAUCCAUUUCUGCUGGAAGGAUAGGACCUCUGGCAAUGUUGACGAUGAUCUCAUCAUUUUUCCAGAUGAUUGUGAAUUUAAGAAGGUUAACCAGUGUACCACUGGCCGAGUGUUUGUACUGAAGUUCAAGGCAGGAUCUAAGCGGCUUUUCUUUUGGAUGCAGGAGCCAAAAAGUGAUAAAGAUGAAGAGAACUGCCGUAAAGUGAAUGAGUUUCUGAACAACCCUCCCAUACCUGGAGCUUUGGGAAGUGGUGGAAGUGCAGGCCAUGAACUCUCAGCGCUGGGAGGUGAAGGUGGCCUGCAGAGCCUUCUGGGUAAUAUGAGCCACAAUCAGCUGAUGCAGCUAAUUGGACCAACUGGCCUAGGAGGACUUGGUGGUCUUGGUGCCCUGGCUGGGCCAGGACUGGCUAGUUUACUCGGUGGUGGAGGUCCUACCACAAGCAGCUCUUCCUCAAGCUCCCGUAGCCAGUCUGCUGCUGUCACUCCAUCUUCGACCUCUUCCACGACUCGGAUCAGUUCAGCCUCUGCUCCUACACCAGCCACUCCUGCUGCCACUGUCACCACUGCUGCCUCUCCCACCGUGACCCCCACCACCCCUGCAGCCAGCACAAUCACCCCCACCCCCACCCCUACCGCCGCCGUAGCAACAGCAGGCAGCCCCACGCAGCCCAUCCAGCUCAGUGACCUGCAGAACAUCCUGGCAACCAUGAAUGUCCCUGCCAUGGCUGCUAGCGGACAGACUGUGGACCUGGCCAGUGUGCUGACGCCGGAGGUCAUGGCUCCUAUUCUGGCAAACGCAGACGUGCAGAAGCGUUUGUUACCGUACCUUCCUUCAGGAGAGUCACUGCCUCAAACAGCAGAAGAGAUUCAGAACACGUUAACAUCGCCACAGUUUCAACAGGCAAUGAGCAUGUUCAGUGCGGCACUAGCUUCGGGACAGUUGGGCCCACUUAUGAGUCAGUUUGGGUUGCCUGCGGAGGCUGUCGAUGCAGCAAAUAAAGGAGAUGUAGAAGCCUUUGCUAAAGCCAUGGAAGGUAACGGCAAGACAGACUCAAAGGAAGGGGAUUCAAAGGACAAGAAGGAUGAGGAGGAAGACAUGAGUUUGGACUAGAUUACACAAUAGUUAUGCAUUUAUUCAAACUUUGUUAGGCUGCAAUUCUUAGAACAGGGAUGUAUCUUUCAAAUGCUUCACUUAUUGUACUCUAUAUAGUUUUCCUAAGCUAUGCACCAAUAAAGCACCGUCAUGAAACAACACUUAUUACUCCUGGUGUUUAAGUAUUUGAAAUGUGUUGGUAAAAGUAGAUAUUAGUAGGGUAUUAUCUAAUGAUGUUUUGCAAUUGGCAUGUAAUACUUGGAGAGGGUGGUUUUCAGAUGUAUGUGCUAUAUAUUAGGAUUCAAAUGGGCAUAUAUGGUAAUGUUAAGAUCAGUCUGGUGGAACAGUUAACUGCGUGGACACGGUGUUCACUAAAAUAAAAUGAUUGCAUGAAA